AUGCGAGAGACCAUCUCAUACUCCCUCGUCAGCGCAGACAUGCUUGAACGUGUCGGCGUUGACACCGAUGACGCCAGCGCCCUCCGCAUCGCCAACCCGAUGAGCAGCGAGUUCACCCACUUGCGAACAAGCCUACGCGCCAGCGUCCUCAGUACACUCUCCGCCAAUCGCCGCGUCUCGCAGACCGAAGGCAUCCGCAUAUACGAAAUCGGCAGCGUCUAUCUGCCCAAGGACGAAGCCCGCGACCGCGAACUGCCCGAUGAGCGCGAAAUGCUCGUCGGCGUCCUCUGCGGACCCCGCUUUCCCACAUCCUGGAACACCCCACAGGGCGACAUGGGCUUCUACGACGGCAAAGGCGUAUUGGAAUCACUAUUCGCAGAACUUCGCGCCGAAGUCCGAUAUGAGGCUCAUAGCAGCGACCCCAUCCUGCGGCGCGGCAGGACCGCCCAGAUCCUAUACGGCAACGCGCCAAUCGGCGUCAUAGGCGAGGUCAGCAACCCCGCGCUUCAACGCUUCGAUAUAGACGGCGCAGCCGCCAUGUUCGAGAUUGAUCUUGAGGCGCUCAGAGCCGCGCUUCCCGAAGAAACGCGCCAGCACACGCCCGCCAACCCCUAUCCCGAGGCCUACCGCGACCUCGCCCUAAUCGUUGACGCCGAGGUUACAUCCGCGCGCAUACAGACAAUCAUCGAGCGUCACCGGAUGGUCGCCCGCAGCAUCCCCUUCGACAUCUACGCAGGCGAGGGCGUCCCCGAAGGCAAGCGCUCCCUCGCGUACCGCAUCGUCUUCCAGUCCCCGCGCGGCACCCUCACCUCCGAGCAGGUGGACGGCUACCAGUCCAACAUCCUCCAACAGCUCAGCCGCGAACUAGGCGUCGAACUGCGCGAAGGGAGCUGA